AGGUAACAGGAAACCAGUGUUUCAAAAGAAAAUUUGAUCACAUUGCUAGAUAACACAGGUAUCCUAAACAAGUGCGUGAGCGCCUGGAGGCUCUACACUGCUGCUGCCAGAAGUACAUAUUUUUUUGAUUGGUAAGAACUGCCAGAUGACGCUUCAUGAAAUAUAAAUGCAAGAAAGACUCAGCUCAAUAAAAACUUUCCACCCGUCAGUCUAGAAGGAUAAGAGAAAUACACUGUUAAGCAACUGCAGGAAAUGGCUUUCGGAGUCCCAGUAUCUGUCUAUCUUUUAUUCAAUGCAAUGGCGGCAUUUACUGAAGAGGCAGCCGUCACUGUAACACCACCAAUCACAACCCAGCAAAGUAACUGGACAGUUAACAAAACAGAAGCUGACUAUACAGAAGGACCCAUAGCCUUGAAGUUCUCACCUCCUUGCCUGGAAGACCACAAUAGUUACUGCAUCAAUGGUGUUUGUGCAUUCCACCAUGAGCUGGAGAAAGCUAUCUGCAGGUGUUUAACUGGUUAUACUGGAGAAAGGUGUGAACACUUGACUUUAACUUCAUAUGCUGUGGAUUCUUAUGAAAAAUACAUUGCAAUUGGGACUGGUGUUGGAUUACUAUUAAGUAGUUUUUUUGCUAUCUUUUACUGCUACAUAAAAAAGAGGUGUCUAAAAUUGAAAUCGCUUUAUAGUGUCUGUUCCGGAGGGAGACCACUGUGAGGCCUUUGUGAGAAAAUUUCAUCAAGACUUUCGUAAAAAUCAGCGGGUCCAAAA